UGGAAUUCACUCAUUUUGAAUCCGUCACUCAGAAGGCCGGUUUGCCCCGUGGAUACAGGCUGUAACACAUUCCAGCCUGCAGGUUGCAGUUUGACAGCUCCGUCUGCGUAAGCAACAACAGAAGAACAGGAGAGAGAGAAAAAAAACAACAACAUCCGUGAUUCUGUCCAGCGACAGCUCGUGUCACCGUGCCGUGCGAAAACACUCUCCGCGGGUUCGAUUGUUGGUAUGAUUGCAGCUGUGCAGUUUAUGUUUCGUUUCGUGUAGAGUGUAACUCCCUCUUCCCGAAGGAAGGGAAAACAAGAAGAAGAGAAAAAAAUAACCCAUCUCCUAUUCCUCGUCAGCGUGUUUUUUGAAGUGUGUUGCUUGUGAAACGUAGUGCCCAAGGCAGCAGCAGCAUUCCUUAGCUAGUCGGGGAAGGCAGGAAGCAUCGCCUACUUAUCGCGUUUUGAAAUAGAAAAAAAACAACAAACUAACCGCGAACAACAAAAAAAACUCCCCAAAACCCUUCAGCCCAACGACGGCGCAGAAGUACGUGAUUGAAACAAGCGUUCAUACUAUCACCAGCGGCCUAUCUGGCAGGCAAGGAGCAAAGGCAUGGAUUUGGUGAAACCGUUGAUGAGAUUGCACGUGGACCUCAUCCACAAGGACAUCCGGGAACAAUGCAAGGAGCUGGUCCUGUCAGACAAACAGAUCGUGGAGCUUAUGCGGCUGGUGAAUAAGGAAAUCAACCGAGGUCUUAGCAAAGACACGCACGCCGAGGCAGACGUGAAAUGCUUCAUCACCUAUGUACAGGACCUGCCAAAUGGAAAGGAGAAGGGUAAAUUCCUGGCGCUCGAUCUCGGCGGUACCAACUUCCGGGUGCUGCUGAUUCACCUGAAGGAUGAGAACGACUUCGAGAUGCUGUCCAAAAUCUACGCCAUUCCACAGAGUAUCAUGCUUGGCAGUGGGACGCAGCUUUUCGAUCAUAUUGCCGAAUGUUUAGCCAACUUCAUGAAGGAACACUCAGUGUACGAGGAACGUCUACCGCUAGGAUUCACAUUCUCAUUCCCGCUAACGCAACUGGGCCUCACCAAAGGUAUUCUCGCCCGGUGGACGAAAGGGUUCAACUGCUCCGGUGUCGUCGGUGAGGACGUCGUGCAGCUGCUAAAGGAUGCCAUCGCCAGACGAGGGGACGUACAAAUUGAUAUCUGUGCCAUCCUGAACGAUACCACCGGCACGCUGAUGUCCUGUGCCUGGAAGAAUCACAACUGCAGAAUAGGGCUGAUUGUGGGCACGGGCAGCAACGCCUGCUACGUCGAGAGAGUGGAAAACUGCGAUCUUUUCGAUGGGCCCAAAACGGGCGCAAACAUCAAAAAGCACGUCCUGAUCAACACCGAGUGGGGUGCGUUUGGUGACAAUGGGGCGCUCGAUUUCGUCCGCACGGAGUACGAUCGAGAGAUCGAUCAGCACAGCAUAAACCCGGGCCGGCAGCUUCAAGAGAAGAUGAUCUCCGGAAUGUACAUGGGUGAGCUGGCCCGCCUUGCGAUAGUAAAGUUCACGAAGGCUGGCCUUCUGUUCGGUGGUGUCACCACGGACGUACUCUUAAAACGCGGCCAGUUCUUCACGAAGUACGUUUCGGAAAUUGAGUCAGACAAACCGGGCACCUACACGUACUGCAAGGAGGUCCUGGACGAGCUGGGACUCGAUCACGCCACCGACGAGGAUUGCGCCAACGUGCGCUACAUCUGCGAGUGUGUGUCCAGCCGUGCGGCUCACCUCGUAUCCGCCGGUAUUGCGGCUCUCAUCAACAAAAUGGACGAACCGAGUGUGACGGUCGGUGUCGACGGUUCGGUGUAUCGUUUCCAUCCCAAGUUCCACGAUCUGAUGGUGCAAAAGAUCCGGCAGUUCGUGAAACCGCACAUUUCCUUCGAUCUGAUGCUCUCGGAGGAUGGUUCCGGUCGUGGGGCGGCCCUAGUGGCGGCCGUUGCCUGCCGCGAGGGUCAGUAAAACGGCACCCAUCCGGUGGUCUGUCCUCCUGAUGGUCUGUCAAGGAAGCUUUGGUGCUUAGCCGCACCUCAGGCGAACCAGUGACGGUCCUAGUCCUCAUCUGGUCGCUGGUACACUGUUAAGAUGUUCACGGGCAGCAGCACGCGCUUGAGACCCUACUGGUGUAACGUUAUCAUUCUCCACUUUUUUUGUUUUGUUUUGUUUUGCCACACUGCUCCAACACGCCCCGUAUAACCGAUACUCGCGAAACUCCCCGGAAAACGACUAUGUUUAGCAGUGAACUUGGCCACCUCACCUACCGGCGGCAAUAGUCGUGUGAAUUAGUUUAAACACAACCCGUUCACACCUUCACUGUAGCGUAACUAGUGAUUUAGAGUACAUCUAUAUAUACGUGAAUAUAUAUAUAAAAAGAACGGCAGUGUUGAGCCAACAAUGUUGAUCAGUGAAUAGGAAAAUUGAAACAAUUAGCGUGAGCAAAAAGGGGCCGAAGAAAGAUAUGCUCUUCUCCUUUAUCCAUCCCACCUCCGUACGUUCUGUAAAAUGAAGCUCCACCUGCACAAGAAACGACAGCAAAAGGACAUCGAGAAGCGAAAGUUUAGUUCUUGUCCCUUCCCAGGAGUACCUUGAAUUCGUUUGGCCAGGUUAAAAUCCGUUUGUAGACUGUGAAACUCAUAGACCUCUAAAGGGCGUUGAUCGUAUUCCCCUAAAAAUCCCCUCUGAUAUUCGUUAUUAAUCAAAUGGUAAAACUGAAGAAGAAAAAACACACAACGAGCUGGUGAUUUGAAAACGGUGGGUUUAGGGAGACUGAGUGAGACAGGGGACGUAUAGCUGAAAACAACGGGGAAAGUAGAAUACAAUAAAUUGCUGGUCGCGCGUAUCGCUUUGGAGCCGGUUUCGUCCUUGAGCCGCAAUUGGCCGAAAAGCGAUGAAAACUCCACUGGGAUGCGGGAAAACCGCGGGGAAGCGAAUGCGUUAAGGCGGCGCGUUCUUGAGCUGUUGC